AUGUGCAAAGGAGAGCUCCACGAACUUCUUGUCGCACUACCCAAAUGCGAGCACCACAUACACAUCGAAGGUGCUCUCACGCCUCACCUUCUCUUCAGAUUUGCUGCAAGAAACAAAAUAAAUCCUGCCUCAGCCGACCAUCAAGCAUAUGCCAACGAAGAGACGCUGCAGGCACGUUAUGGGUCCUUCGCUUCCCUAUCUGAUUUCAUACGGUACUUCUCAUUCGGCAGCUCCGUUCUCAUAACGGCAAAUGACUUCGAGGAACUAGGCUAUACCUACUUUGCCAAAGCACAUGAGCAAAAUGUGAAGCAUGCAGAGGUCUUCUUCGACCCUCAAGCUCAUACCAACCGUGGCAUCACAUAUGAUACAGUAGUACAAGGACUGUCACGCGCGAAACAGCGAGCGGAGCAGAACUUCGACAUGAGUAUUGCAUAUAUCCCAUGUAUACUACGCCACCACGGCCUGCAGAGCGCGACAAGGAUGUUCCAAGAUGUCGUAGACGCCGGUCACUUUGAAAAGGGUACUGUUGCUGGGCUAGGUAUGGCUGGCGAUGAACUUAAACACCCACCCGAGUACUUCAAGACCGUAUUCAACGCUGCAAGGACAGCCGGGGUACGCUGCACAGCACAUGUAGGCCAGGCGGGUCCUGCGACAUUCGUGUCGUCUGCGCUUGAACAUCUCAGGACUGAAAGAGUUGAUCAUGCAUGGAUUGCGAAGACGGAUGAUCAGUUGAUGCAAAGGCUUGCCGAGACAAACACGCUCAUUACUCUUUGCCCAAUUUCGAAUGUUACGCUUGGCUUCAUAGGCAGCAUCGCAGAGGCACCUAUCCGGGACUUCCUUGACCAUGGUGUCCGGUUCAGCAUCAACAGCGAUGACCCGGCAUACUUCGGACAGUACAUCCAGGAAAAUUAUUGCGCUGUUCAGGAGGCUUUCGAACUGAAUGUAUCUGAUUGGAAGAAGAUUGCGACAAAUGCUGUAGAAGGAUCCUGGUGUUCAGACGAGCGCAAAAAGAUUCUCAAACAACAGGUUGCUGCGGUGAUCUCACGCUGGCAGGCUGCACGAGAUGCAUAG